GGGGAAUGGCUGUGAGAGCUUGUGGCUUGAUCAUCUACAGGAGGCUGCAGCCAGCACCAUCCUCUAAGGUCACUGACAGCAUCGAGUACCUUCUGCUUCAGACAUCCUACGGGACCCACCACUGGACCCCGCCCAAAGGAGCCUGGAUAUGCUCAUUGCCCAGCAAGGAGAAGGAACGAAGCCCUGCUGGUUUGGUUCUCUGUCCUGCACGGCAAGAAGGAUGUGGUGCAGUAGCAAUCACCUCCUCCUGUGCAUCAGGGGCUUUCAGCUGUCACAGAUUUUAAAGAGCUCGAAAUCUCAUGGGUACAUCAACCUUAAGGUACUUUCCAAAGAAGCAACUGUCAAAACCAGCUUAGGAAAUUCCAGGAUUUCCAGUUUUCAGCAGGAUACCAACCCCUCAGAGGUGUGAGCAGCCAAGCUUUGGAAAGGAUAUUGUGAAUAGCUUCAUGCAGGAUUGUGGACUUUCUCUUCACCAGCUGGAGUAAAAGAAUUCAGCAGCAAAGGUGCUAACCAGGUGUUGAGGCUGCAAAGGAAUAAUGGACACUCGGAUUACCCACCGCUCAGGAAAACAUGGAAACUUUCCAAAGGAGGAUGCCAAAGAAGAGCACUUGACUGAAAAUGUAACACCAGUGAAGCCCUCCAAGGAGCUGAGGCCCAUGCUGGGCGCCGUCUUGCUGGGCCUCAUGCUGUUCAUUUCUGCGGUGGUGGCCUGGUGCUACUACACGGUGUCCCUGAGGAAGGCGGAGCGGCUCAAGACGGAGCUGAUGGACCUGCGGGCGGACGGCUUUGUCAUCCGCAACCAGCACGGGGAGGUGGUGUUCCGGCUGGCCUUCCGCUCGGGCAGCCUGGACCUGGAGUCGUGCUCCAAGGAGGGCAAGAUCCUGAGCUGCUCGCGCUCGAGCCGGGGGCCGCUCAACUUCUUCAUCCAGACGGUGAAGCCCAAGGACACGGUGAUGUGCUACCGCGUGCGCUGGGAGGAGCUGGCGGCCGGCCCGGCCGUGGAGCACACCAUGUUCUGGGAGGACGCCCACUGGUACGGGGGCUCAGAGAUGAGCAUCCAGCACUGGCCCAUCCGCCUGGCCGGCUACCAGGAGCCCGUGCCCUACGUGACCAGCGACGUCUACUCCUUCCGCGACAGCUUUGGCGGCAUCCUCGAGCGCUACUGGCUCUCCUCCAAGGCGGCGGCCAUCAAGAUCAACGACUCCGUGCCCUUCCACCUGGGCUUCAACGCCACCGAGCGCGCCCUCUUCUUCCAGGCCCGCUACAAGGACUCACCCUACAAGCCCCCACCGGGCCAGCAGCCCUUCCCCGAGCUCAGCUACCGUGUCUGCGUGGGCUCCGACAUCACCUCCAUCCACAAGUACAUGGUGCGCAGGUACUUCAACAAACCCUCCAAGAUCCCUGCUGAGAACGCCUUCCGAUACCCCAUAUGGUCCACAUGGGCUCUCUACAAGAAUGAUAUUGACCAAGAUAAACUCCUGCGGUUUGCUGAAAAGAUCAAAAAAUACCAUUUUAACUGCAGCCACAUUGAGAUUGAUGACAUGUACACCCAAGCCUAUGGAGACUUUGACUUCGACCCUGUCAAGUUCCCCAACGUAACAGAGAUGUUUGCAAAGCUGAGGAAAGACGGGUUUAAGGUCACUCUGUGGAUUCAUCCAUUUACACACAUAGAUUCACCUAAUUAUGAAGUGGGAAUUGAGCGUCAGCUGUUCAUCAAGGAGCCAUCAGGGCGGCUGCCAGCCAUGGUGGAGUGGUGGAACGGUAUCGGGGCCAUCCUGGACUUCACCAACCCAGCAGCCCGUGACUGGUUCCAGAGCCACCUGCGCCAGCUCCGGCACAAGUACGGCAUCUCAUCCUUCAAGUUUGACGCGGGCGAGACCAGCUACCUGCCCAAGCAGUUCAGCACCUUCCGCCCGCUGUCGGACCCCAGCAUCUGGUCCCGGCGCUACACGGAGAUGGCCAUUCCCUUCUACGAGCUGGCCGAGGUGCGGGUGGGCUACCAGUCGCAGAACAUCUCCUGCUUCUUCCGCAUCAUUGACCGUGACUCUGUCUGGGGCUACGAGCUUGGCCUCAAGUCCCUCAUCCCCACCGUCCUCACCAUCAGCAUGCUGGGGUACCCAUUUGUACUGCCAGAUAUGAUUGGAGGAAACUUCCUCCCCAACAAGACAGAGGGGGCAGUGGAGAUCCCCAACCGGGAGCUGUACGUGCGCUGGCUGGAGCUGUCGGCCUUCAUGCCCUCCAUGCAGUUCUCCAUCCCGCCCUGGCUCUACGACAAGGAGGUGGUGGAGAUCGCGCAGAAGUUCACGCAGCUCCACGAGUCCCUGGUGGCCCCGCUGCUGCUGGAGCUGGCGGGGGAGGUCACCGACACGGGCGACCCCAUCAUCCGUCCCAUCUGGUGGAUCUCGCCCCGCGACGAGGCCACUCACCGCAUCGACUCCCAGUUCCUCAUUGGGGACACCCUCAUGGUGGCUCCUGUGCUGGAGAUGGGCAAGCAGGAGCGGGAUGUCUACCUGCCCGCGGGCAAGUGGCGCAGCUACAAGGGAGAGCUGUUUGAGAAGACCCCAGUGCUGCUCACCGACUAUCCUGUUGACUUGGACGAAGUUGCCUAUUUCCUCUGGGUUUCCUAACAGGCCCCUCUUCAACUGUGCCAUGGACUCAGUGAUUAGUUUACUAGUGGAUUUAAUGACCUGGGAUUUUUAAUAAUUUUUAAUGUAGCAAUAUUUCAGAGUGGAAUUUCAAGGAGACACUGAGACCUCUGUUGUGUGUGGCAAUUGUUCUACAAUAACUUAUUAAAAUGUAUUGGAUGGGUGUCUUUGUUGCUGCAUUGUGACAAGUGUAAUGUACAGAAACACAGCCUCUGCUCAUAAUCUUUUUCCACCAAGAAGUGCCAUGCAUGCUUCUUCUGUCUAAAGGCAAUUAUAUGGUCUCCUUUGUUACCCAGUUUCACUGAUGAUCCCCUGGGACAUUGAAAAUUUCAUGUGCUUACUGAAGGAGGCAGCUGCAGCAAAGUACUUUUUUUUACAGAAAGCUGUCUGUGGUUUUCGUGAAGAGGAAGGCACCCAAUUUGCAGCCUGCAUAUGAGAUGGGAGCUGAUGCAGGACUUAGGAGUUUGCAUUUCCCAUGGCCUGAGCUAUCUGAGCAGCAAGAAAGCUACAGCACUUGCUAGAGCUGUGGCAGCUGUUUUCCACCUUUUAUAAAUUACUGAGAACCAUGUCUAUGGUGUGCAUCCACGUAAGCCUAUAAAAUGUGGUGAUAUCUCACUGCAGUCAAGAUUAAAUCCUAGUACGAAGUCAUGCAGGGGUUUAUACUUAGUAGGAUCCAUGUGUGUUUUAGGACCGUAUUUAGGACAAAGGUGUAACCUGCCAGGUGCCAGGAGAGAAUUUAGCCUCUUGAGAGAGCUCAGAAAAUUAACAAACCAGCCUGAGUACCAAGCUGCCUCAAUUUCCCCAGUGAGAAUGUUUUCCCAUCCUAUGAUAAUGGAGAUCCCUAUCCAUGACAGGUGGAUCCUUCUGUGUCCUUCUGCCCAUAGAGGCGACCGUUCUCCAGAAUGAAGGUGUCCCAGCAGCUCCUGAAGGCUUGGGGUAACCAGGCUGGCUGUGAAACACUCUCCUCUCUUGUUCCAAUGUUUCCUGCUGUUUUUAAGCAAAAAGAAAUUUUAGGUUGAGAUGACUGGGCAGUUUAAGAGAGUCCGAGGGUCUCUGGGCUGCAAUGUCCCUUCCCAAAGUGAGAGGCAGAUCACUUUGCUGGCUCCAGCACACUUCCAAUGGGCACCUGGGAGGUAAAGCUGUGUGUGACCCCAGCGCAAGAGAAAGCUCCUUUUUUUAGGGGUUUGCCCCAGAGCUGCUCCAUACAAAAAGUAAACAAAAUGGGUCUGGGGAACACUGUACUCAGUCGAGAGCUUGCUUGGUGCCCAGAGGAAGCAGAUCCAAAACUGGCUCAAACCUGUUACCCGUCAGUCGGUCCAUUGUGUCACGAAGGACCCUGCAUGGACACAACAGCAGUGCCAAACGGGAUGAGCCAGAACAUAUUUUAAAUGCCCCUGAAAGCAGCUGGAAUCACAGUAAUGCUGUCAGUGGUGUGGCAGUGGAGAGGGAAAACCAUCCUUAAUGCAGGGAUGUGAAAGGGAAAACAAUGUUCAGUCUGGCAGUUGUGCUCAGGGUUAACAGGACACCACUGAAUCCUUACCACGGGCUUUCUCUCAUGCCAGAAUAGUAGUUUCUAAUGAAACAUCUCCCCCAAGGCUGGGAAAGUGUUUCUACAGUUGCUGCUUCAAAGCUCCAAAUGGCCCCCCACACCUGGUCUUGGGGGAAACAGAGCAAAAUUUAGUGCAAAAUUCCUCCUGCACUGAAAAAAAGUUUUCUGCAAAGCCCAAGCCCACAGUGCUGAGAGAGGAGAGAGCCAGACUCCACCACCCUCAUAUCGUACCUCUGCCCCUGUGAUCAACGUGCUCUGCAUGGACACACAGCUCUGCCAUCCACCUGCACCACAGGCUGAUGGGGAAAAAAAAACAGGCAACACUGAGACUUCCUCCAAACUCUGGGGGUGAUAUGGAAUGCCUGGUCCCAUGGCUGCAAAAAUGUCUCCCCCGUCCCUUUCCAGUCUGUCCCUCAAUGCCUUUCCCUGUUGCCCAGCUGAGCCACAGGAAGCCACAGGGCACAGGUGCUGGAGGCAUCCUGUGAGCAGGUGGCACCACAGACACCCCUCCAUGCCCUCCUGCCACACAGGGUCUGUGUGCUGUUGGAGGCACAUCUUGUUUGCCUUUCUAAGCUUCAGUCCUAGCUGAUUUUUUACACUCCUAGUGCUGUGCACAAGCUCCUUGCUGGAUGUGUUGGUGACAUGAGACUCUCCUACAGAACCUGGCUCACCACAGGCUGCCUGUUUUUUGGCAGGGGAAGUUUACUGCCCUCUUUGAUAACUGCUGAGCUAAAAAACACCCAGCCCUACAGGCAAAAUAAAAAACCCAAACAAAUAAAAAUCUGUUUUUCUCUACUUGGCCUCUGGGAUUUUGUGUCAGCACAACCAUCUUCAUGGCUCUCCUGGCACAAGGAAUCUGCAGGCUGGCAGCUCCCGCCCAGAUUGAGAACUUUGUACUUUUUCCUGAGGCUACCAGCCUGGCCAUGUGCCCAAAUUAACUCUGCUGCUGUCGGUUUGUCCUUCCACCACAGCCACCCCCAGCCUCAGGCUCUGCCUGCCUGUUGGCUUUUUCUUACUUUUAAUCACAGCUGUGCUUUAGGCAGGCGUGACACGCUCACAGCUCGGGUCUCCUGGGCCAGCGGCCACUGCUCUGCUAACACCCAUAGCACCUCCUUGAAAUCCAGUUUGCAACAAAUUGGGCUGCUGCUGUAGCUCCCCUGGGGUUUGGAUUUUGCCACUAACGCUCCUCCCUGUGCAAUGCACAGCUGUGGAUGUGUUUUCAAGCACUGCCAUGCAGCUGACACCCAGCACAGAGCUGACCCCACUCACUGUUCCCAUGUCCCUGGUGAGCCUCAGACACGCUGUCUACACACUGCACCAGGUUUUGUGAGGACGUAAACCAAACUCAAACCCAAAGCACUGAUUCCUAGGAGGACCUCUGUAUCACUGAGGAUCUCUGCGAGGCUGUGAGUGCUCUAAGAAGGUCUUCAGCAGUGCCAGCUUCAUCUCUCACGUGAUCAUCAGCCAAGUGUAUGGAUGGCACUUGCACCCAAGGAAGAAGUCAAAGGAAAAGCAUUGGGAAAAUGUCUUUUAUUACAAAAGGAGUGAAAUGAAGUCCCUCUCAACCCUCAAGCCACACUGUACAGGUUGGCCACUGCUAGUGAUGCCCAAUGGCAUAAGGCAGCUAUGGUUUGUGUGGUAACAAUGGAAAGGGAAGGAAAAACAUUAUUUGGGGCAAAGGGGGUGAUGUGGAGUAAGGCAGGCUCCUAAAUGAGUCUCACAUGCUCCCUUCAUGGCCCUCCCAUAGCCACAAACAUCUAUUCCAUCCAUGUCCUUGCUGUCAGUGCCACCUGGAAAGGGGAACCAUGGGGACGGUGGGGACAGUCAGAAGGACCUUCUGGUGAGCCCAAGGGAAGCUGAGAACAGGCGCCCCUUUCUCAUCCCCCACAAACAGUCUUCAAGUGUGUGUCCUCUUGGAGCAGCAAGGACUAGCAAAUCCCCAGACUCAGUGUUGAUAAACCUUUUUUGGGAUGAAUGUUAGUAGAAAUAGGGCCAUGACCCUGGAGGUGUGUAUGGUUCCCACUCCUGGGGGCUGACACAACACUGGGGUUCACCUGGACAUGGCCUUUUCAUGGCUGGCCCUAAGGCACAGCUAGUCUCUUUGCUGUCAGGACCUAAGGGAGGACAAUCCUCAGUCCAGAGGGAUUGUCUGCCACCACUGCAAACACAAGAGUGAGGUUACUGCCAGCUUCUCCUUUUAAAACAUACAUAAAAGCUGCAGGCUGCAAGCUUUAAAUAAAACAACAAUCUCCACCCUGAUUUCAGUGAAGACUUGGUGAGAAAAGCCCCAAAUCUCCCUAAACCACCAGCCCCACCAACUUGGUACAGAUGGACAUAGUUAACCUUCUUUUCGUUUUCCAAAAUUUUAUCUCAAUCAAGGUGAUUCAUGUUACAGUUCAUACCAAUUAGCAAUUAGAAAAGUGGUUAAAAACAGACCCACCAGCAUUACAGUCUGACAGAGGACAGCAUGUACAAACACAAGCAUCCAGAAAACCUGAUUCACAACAGUGCAAGCUUCAAAAUUCAAUCACAUAAGCAUCAGGUGUGAAAAGACUGAACCCAACUCCCAAACCUUGUCUGGGGCUUUUUCUUGGCUGAAACAAGCUAAACCCAGCUUUGGCCAGUGACCCAUGGUGUAAAUCAGAGAAGUAUCCCUAGCAGCAGCUCCCAAGGUAUCUGUGCAGAGCUGCUGGUCUGCAAGGUCUGAGAAAUCCUCAAGUCCUGCAGUGCUACAGCAUCAUGCUAGAAAUAGUGGUUUUGGUAAAAAGUUGGAUGGAAAGGCCAUCUAGAAGCCUGUGAGACAGCUUAAGGCAGCACUGCUGAGCCUAUACCCAUCAGCUCAUAGUCCUCUCAGCAGCUUUAUCUUUCUUCUUGCUAGACCACUUACCCAUUCAUUGAUAUAGUUAAAUAAAAUAAAAUUAUAACUUUGUAAAUAAAAUCGUUUCUUUUUCAGGGGAGGGGAAAGAAGACAGUGUGUCUCGUGGAGAAUUUCCUCCAUGACCUUCCUGACAGUCCUGAAACCACUGCAAGGAGAUUGAAGGCACUCAUCUGGCUGCUCCCAUCAUUUUAACAGUAGAAGGAUAAUAACAGGAAUGCUGUGUUUCUCUUCACACAGCCUCAUUCCUCAUGAGUGAUGCAUAUGGUGAGUGGCACAGAACCAGGGGGAGAGAUGACAGUAUCUCAUGGUCAUGCCAGGAUCCUUCCCAUGAAGUCCUGUGCCAGGGAUCCCAGUUCUGCACUGGCAGCUGAGCUGUGCAACAUCUCCACCUAACUGAUGCCUUAAGUUUUAGCUUUCAUAUUUUCCAGAUUCCGUACUGCAUUAGUAUAUAACUCUGAACUUCAUAUAAAGUGUUAGCAAGUUCUCCUCGCAGUUUAGUUAGACAAAACAAUCCUUUUCCAGCCUGAGAAUCAAGGACACCGUUGCAGCUUCAGGCCCAAAAAGUAUAAACAGAGAAUUGAGGAGAGCAAUCUGGGAGGAUGGGACUUCAUAACCUGAAGCUGUAAUUGAACAAUUAACCCCAAUAUGGAAAUGGACCAAAACUUAAAAAAUGUGAAAACUCGUGACUCAUCAUCCGUCUUGGGUGGAGCCACGGCCAGACCCUUGUACUGCCCAAAGUGCAUCCUUUGAAGGCCUUUCUAAUAAAUAACUAUUCCUUUAAUACUGUCUAGCCUCUGUUCCAGGUAGCCUCUUAAGGCAUCAUAAUGAGUCCCAUACCAAGGGAUGACAAGCAUUUCAUGAGCAAAGGUUGAAAGGGAAGAGCUGGAGACCCUCAAAGUACGGUCUUCAUGCACUUCUAGGGCUGCAGAAGCUCCCUCCACACUUGGCCCUUCUUAAAGGCUUUGGCCAGACUCAUCUCCUCCCCUUCAACAUCACCCUUGGCAAGCAAGGGCCAAGUCCUGCCAGUGCCCUGAUGAGUGACACUGAGGUUCCAGGAUUAAUUCCUUGCCAGAGGGUGUCUGUAACUUGUAACAUCACCAGUAUCUGCACCAGUAGCAGAGAAGAAGCUUGAACCCUUCAGAAUUAAAAACCUGAUAAACAAACAGGCUUCAGGAAACACUUGUGCUCCAGCUGGGCAGGGACCUGUAAGGCUCCCCUACAUCUCAUUUUGAGAGUAAAUUAUACAGGGCAAAUUCAGGUCUUAAGGGAGUCCAUCAAACCAGACUUCCUCACUUCCUAACUACAAAAGCACUUCAGAUUUUGCCCCUAACACUGAAAUUUCUCCUCCUUCACCUCAUCACAACCCUCAAGCUUAUUGCAUCUCCUUUUCUGCCUCCUGAAAAGCUCUGUGGCUGGAGAUGGGCUUUGAGAAAGAUCCUCACUGGAUAGGUACCCAGCCCUACCAAAAACAUGUACCAACUCUGCAUGGCCGACUUGCGCCAGAGCCAUGCCCAGCCCAGACACAAUUCCAGGAGAAGCCCCACAGAUCCUGAGCUGUCCUUGGCCAGCUGUAGCCUGGGCAAGAUGCCCAACCCUUUCUAGCCAUCACAAUUCAAUUCAAUUCUGCAGAAGCUUAUCAAAAAUUCAGGGGUUGACACAUGUUCCCACCUGGGACAGAGCUGGGAAUUCUUGCAUUUGGGAAGACUUCAAUCCUGUUGGCCCUGCCUUGGGUCUCUGUAAAUGCAUUUUCCCAUACAAAACCAAAUGAAAAAUCUGCCAAAGAUGCAGCUGCUGGGGACUUGGGGUGCAGGAUGACAUCACCCCAUGUGCCCUCCACGAGCCUCUGACAGCAGUCCCACCUCCAGCAACACCAACACUGCCUGAGAAAGCUCCCCGGGACUCUCCCAGUGAGAGAGGAGGGCUGACUCAGGAAAACCCCCAACAAAAUCAUCACCUCUAACUGGGACCUGAGAUGGGCAUUAGCUUAACUUCACGUUAGAUGAGAACUUCUCCAUGGGUGCAGUGAGAACAGCCGCUGGCACAGACCCAUCAGUGAGCAGAGCGGGUGUUUUCCACCCCCAGGCUGUCGGCAAACGGCACUGUCAAUCCACGACACGUGCCGUUCACAGGAACCGGCUGUUCCCAGGGACGCGCCGCACCGAGUGUCUGAGGACAGCUUUGCUCCAGGCAGCCCUUCUGCCAGCAACAAAUCUCAUCUGUCCUUAAAAACCAAAAAGGAUGGCAUCAGCAGGAUAAUCAUGUAACGAGGUGGGGUCAUAAGUGCCUUAAAAAAUGGGACAUGCUGGUACAGGCGGUGCUGCUCAAGGAAAGGCAAUGUUGACGCCCCGGGCAAAACACACAGGCAAGAGCCUUGCAGAGGAAGUCAAAUGGGUGAGCAGGUGGGAUGCAGCUGUCCCAGCAGGAAAUAAGCAACCUAUUCAGUUAAAACAGGUGGACAUCACUUGAGUGACCUGGCCUGCCUGGUACCCAGGAAAGCAGGAGCAUGGGGCAACUGUUAGUCCAGUGCCAUCCAGGCAAAAGGGGGAAAAAUAGGGGUGUGUGUGUGUGUGUGUGUAUAUAUAUAUAUAUAUAUAUAUCUAUGUAACUCUAUUUUGCUUUAUGCACUUAAAAAUAUUCAUUUGAAUAUAUUUGCCAUAUUAAAAAACUAAUGGCAGGCUGUGCUGUAGCAAUCCUCCCACAGCACACACCCUUAUACCCAGUGCCAGGUGCUCCCACAAGACUAGGAAUGCUCUCACUGGCACUAAGCAACUUCCAACUCUUGAAAUCCUUGAGAACAGAACAGGUAUU